CAACUAAGCAAACAAUCCAUUUUGUUUGUCUUAGGACAUAUAGUUAUUUAUUGCUCCAUUUGGUUUUAAAAAAAGAGCCUCUUGCUCUUUCUUAAUUCUCUCGAGUUCUUUUGCUCUCAUCAUCAUCAUCAUCAAGGAUAUUCAUAAAAACAUUUCCAACAAUCAUGGGGCAGCCUGUGUUGAUAUCUAUGAUGUUUGCAUUAGUUUUUUCAGCUUGCUUGUCGACAUUUGCUUCUGCUGCAGUUGUAGAGCACCAAUUUGAAGUGAAAGAUGUGACCGUGAAUCGAUUAUGCAAGGAUCGGACGAUCACUACGGUAAAUGGGAAUUUACCAGGGCCGACACUUCUUGUGCGAGAGGGUGACACUCUAGUUAUCCAUGUUACAAAUAAAUCUCCUUAUAACAUUACCCUUCACUGGCAUGGGGUAACCCAAUUUCUGAGCGCCUGGGCUGAUGGACCUGAAUAUAUUACUCAAUGUCCUAUAAUCCCUGGAAAUAGCUACACUUACAAGUUCAAAGUUACUAAGCAGGAGGGUACCCUUUGGUGGCACGCCCACAUUUCAUUUCUCCGUGAAACUGUUUAUGGUGCAAUUGUGAUUCGUCCCAGAGCCGGUCGCACCUACCCUUUCCCAAAACCAUUCGCAGAGUUUCCCAUUCUUUUUGGAGAAUGGUGGGAUGGAAACAUUGUAGAUAUAAUAGACACAGCUCUUGCCAAUGGAGGUCCCCCAGUCAACUCUGCUGCAUUCACCAUUAAUGGCCAGCCUGGCGUCCUCUACAAUUGCUCGUCAAACCAGACAUACAGAAUGAAUGUGAUUAGAGGAAAAACCUAUCUCUUACGCAUCGUCAACGCUGCAAUCAAUGCCCAAUUAUUCUUCAAGAUAGCGAAUCACAAGUUCACCGUGGUCGCCGUGGACGCCGCCUACACGAACCCAUACGUCACGGACGUCAUCGCCAUCGCCCCCGGACAGUCCGUCGACGCGCUCUUGGUCGCCGAUCAAAAGCCGGGCUUGUACUACAUGGCAGCCCGUCCCUACACAAGCGCACCGGUGGCUACCAACAACAGCACCACCACCGCAAUCUUAGCCUACGCGGGAUCCCCGAGGAGAUCCAAGCCUCUUCUGCCGGACCUGCCGGCGGAGCGCGACACCGCAACCGCCGCGAAAUUCUACACCGAUUUAACCGCCCUGGUUACGUCACCGUACUGGACCGGAGUCCCUCAGACCGUGGAUGAGGACAUGUUCGUCACCGUUGGGAUGGGAAUAAUGCCUUGCGAGAAACCCGGAACCUGCAACGGCCCGUUACAACAGCGGUUCGCUUCGAGUAUGAACAACGUUUCCUUCCUGCUGCCUUCCAGGAUGUCUUUGCUGGAAGCUUCGGUUCGAAAUGUGAGCGGGAUUUACACAACUGAUUUUCCCAAACAGCCACCGGUUGUGUUUGACUACACGAGUCCUAACAGUAGCUUUAACCCGGACAUCAUAAGGACGACCAAGUCAACAAAAAUUAUCAAGGUGAAGUACAAUACUACGGUUCAGAUGGUGUUGCAAAACCAGAUCAUUCUUGGACCGGAAAACCACCCGAUGCAUCUUCACGGGUUCAAUUUCUAUGUUUUGGCUCAAGGGUUCGGGAAUUACGACGCUUCCAGGGACAGUAAGAAUUUUAAUCUGGUGAAUGCACAAGAACGUAACACCGUAGCCGUGCCUUCUGCGGGAUGGGCUGUUAUUCGAUUCAGGGCAAAUAAUCCAGGUGUAUGGUUUAUGCAUUGUCACGUGGAAGCGCACGUGCCUUGGGGUUUAGCUACGGCCAUCGAGGUUGAGAACGGACCGACGCCGUCCACCACUCUGCCUCCUCCUCCCGCUGAUUUACCAAAAUGCUGAUAAUUAUUCUUUUUGUUUCGAUAUUAUAUAUUCUUGUGACAAAAAUUCAUUCAUUUCAUAUGUAUGUCAUAAAGGCAAUAUCAUAUGCAUGUUGAAAGCAUCAAUAAAUGCUCUUUUUCUUAUAGUGUAACAAUGUGAUG